AUGGCUACCGGCAAUGCAGGCAAUGCAGACCUACCCACCGAUGAUACUCUAGACCAGUUGGUCGACACUAAUCGCCACAUUCUGUCACCAGAAGGAGUGUCCGCGGCAAUGCGGAGAGAAUUUGUUGAUAUUAUCCGGCCUAUUAAACUAAAUCUAUGUCCAACCGAGGACGUUACCGAUACCGAUAUUACUCGCUUUUUAGCGAGGGUCUUCCAGCAAUGGACAACAAGGAGACCACACUCCAAGCCUGGAAAGAUAUGGGCACAGGCGUCAUUUGAAGAUACAGCUGUAGAGAUUGGUACACUUACAAGAUAUUUACCAACUUCAGCUACUACAAAAGCUGACCGUGCUAAUGUAUACGACCGGGAGCCCCCUGGCUCUCAGACUAACAACUCUCGAAAGCGGGGUGCACCUAUAUUUAUUCGGGCAGUUAUGAAUGACGGCCUCGACUCAGUGAACUUUCAGUUUUUAGACGAGAACUCUAAGAUGGUAUCCGGGAAGCAAGGAAUAUACUUCUCUGAGCUAGACAAGGCAGAUAUAUACUUCUUAGCCAUGGAACGCCAUGAUGCCUACUACGCUGGCAGAGUUCACGAAUAUAAUCAGGCUAUUGGGGUAUUCCUUGCACGAAACCGCCUCCAAUUCUGGAGGCAAGGAAAUCCCGUGUAUACGAGGCCUGAGGAGCCGCAAAACCUCAUCAUUCAGUUUGACCUCUGCCGAAAUCUCGGCAAACAUAGAGAGCAAGCGCUCGCAAAAUUGCGGGCUUUGCCCGCGCCAAGUUAUCAAUGA